AUGAAGUUGGCUAUGGCUCCUUAUCGUCGUAGAAGUUCAAAAAGUCUUUAGGAAGUACCUUCUAAUGCAGAAUUUGAAAGAUAAUAAUCAAAUGGUAGUCUUCGUAUUGAUCCUGGUCCAAUUAACAUUGAAGUAAGAGAAAAUAAUACUAAAGUAAAAAAUUUUUAAUUAUAGGUCGUAGAUUGGAUUGUGUUAAUAACUCCUAUAUGUUAUACAUUUGUGAUUCUAUUCUUAAUCUCAUGGAUUUAUAUAACUACUCCAUAAAUUAGAUAUCCUUAUAUAGCACACAACAUUUUAUAAAAGGCUCAUAAGAUUCAAACUAUGUAUCCGAUAGUUGAUAUUACUGAGUUUUCUCAAUUUUCAUAUCACAUUAGAGGAUGUCCUCCUGAUUUUGAAGAAGCAACUUUGGGAAUUUGGGAGGGAAUUGAGAAUGGCAAUGUAUGUGAUAGAUCAAAUAAGAAUUGUGAAUUAGUUUAGAGUAUGGAACCAUAAAGAUUAAAAUUAUGGAAAUAAAAAAUUUAUUGCAUAAAAUACGACAAAACAGCGUAAUGGCGAAAUGGAAAUCAAUGUCAGAAACAAUAUAAAGCAUGCAGUUCUUAUAUAUGUGUCAAGCAAUAAUUAUAAUGUCCAAUUACGGAUUUAUAAACAAUACAUCAGUAAGGGGAUAUUUAAUUCGGUAAAAACUAGUACAAAAUAGUUAGAGAUGAGAGGUAAACACCUUUAUUAUUUUUUAAUAUUUCUUCAUCUUCAACUUGUUUGAAUUAAAAUAAUUAACCUUAAUUUAAAUCAAAAGAAUAUUAUCCUUUAUCUAAAUAUCCUGAAUCUGGUUGUGAUGAAUUAGGUGAUUACACUAGCAUAACCAAUAUAUUAGAUUCUGGAAUGGUUAUGGAAAUAUUGAAAGAAAAUGAUAUCCCAUUAGAAUAACUUCCUCAUUUUGAUGAAUAUAUUUAAAAUACGGAUGAGUACUAAUUGUAAAUUUUAAGAGGUAUCAAAUUAAAUGAAAUUAAUGAAUGCAAAAAAUUGAAUACAGAAGUAUUUAAUAAUUCAAGCAAGAAGAGUUUUAGAAUAACAAGAAUUAUGAGAAGAAAUAAUCUUCCUCUAAUUACAGGAUGUGUUAUUCUAAUUAUAUUUUCAAUCUUAACAAUUAAAUUUCAUAAUAAUGUAAUUGAAUUACUUAUAUCAUUAGAAAUACUUGACAUUCAUAAAUAAGAGAAUUACAAUGAUAGUUAAUAUAGGAGCUAUAAUAAUAAUGAUUGUAACAUUGAUUUACUCAUCAUUCUUUUUAUAUGAUGUCUUAGCAUCAGUAAAUAUUUGAUAUAUAUUUAGAAUGGGCUUAAACAAAUAAAUGAUAACUUAGAUGUUUUUAUAUCAAAUCAAUGUAUUAACAUAAAGGGAAUAUUAAUUGCAUUAGAUUAGAUACAUUAGUAUUCCUUCAAAAUAUACAAUUCUAAUUUAAGUUUUAUCUAUGCUGCAUUUAUAGGAUCAAUAAUUUAUUUAAUAGUUCAAUCCCUCUUAUAUAUUAUUUAAUAUAUUUCAAGUAAUACCCAAGUAAUAUGCCAAAAUCCAUGGAGUAGUAGAAUUAAUUAUGAAAUUAGAUAUUGA